AUGAGCCUUUCUUUAGAUAGUCUUGUGAAUGUACUAGGUGCCGCCAAUGGCACCGACCGCGAGUCCUCUCAGCGUGCAGAGGCCCAGCUACAAGCGUGGGAAGCUGAGAAGGGAUAUUACUACCUCCUUCAGCUGGUUUACUUGGCUACAAACUUGCCAAUCCAGCUCCGAUGGUUGGCAGUAAUUUGUUUCAAAAACGGAGUUGAGCGCCAUUGGCGCAGUGGAAGGCCCAACUCCAUCGAUAAGGAGGAGAAAGCGUCCAUACGAAGCCGACUUUUUCUGUCGGUUGCUGAGAAAAAUAACCAAUUGGCUAUUCAGAAUGCCCAUGCUGUGGCCCGAAUAGUAAGGUUUGACUUCCCUGUCGAAUGGCCGUCGCUUUUUGACGACGUGGCAAAGCAAUUGGAGUCGUUUGUGUUUGAAAAAAACGACUCGGUUUCAACUUACAACUUGCUUGUGAGUCUCAACCAAAUCAUCAAAACCGUUUCGAUGGUUAGAAUUGGCCGUGCUCGUCACGCUAUGCAGAGCAAAAUGCCCAUUGUCACACCCAUACUAAUUCGUCUUUAUAUCAAGUUUUUCCAGGAAUGGACUCGAUCCAAUAAUGAUAUGGUUGAUACCUCGGUGAUGGAAAUAUGCUACAUGUGCUUGAAAAACUUGAGACGUAUAAUCCCCGAGGGCUAUGAAAAACCUCAUGAGAACCAGGAGGUUGCUGAGUUUGUUAAAAUCACCAUAGACCAUUUGCAGUUUCUCGUUGUUCGCCAUGAAGUUUUCGCAUCGGACUCACUAGAAAGGUUUGUCAAAUGCUACUGUAAAGUAUACCUCAACUUGAUCAACAGCAAUCCCACCAGCUUCAUACUACUUCCAUGUGCCCAGGAAAUCUUGCAGUCGUUCAUUUCGCUUCUUCGCCUGAAAGCAGAAGACGUAUACAAGAGCAACGAGGAAAACGACUUUUGGGAAGUGAUGGCUGUCAAGGGCAUUUUAAUUCUCAAGAAGAUGAUUGGGUACGUCUACAAGCGAGGUGCAGUGACAUUGAAACAGAAAAGUGACAGAGAAGAAGUCAAUAAUGCCAUAACUCGCAUCUCUCAGCUGCUUCUUACUACACCCGUUAUUCGCCAAUUAUGCGAUCUUAUUAUAGACUGGUACCUUAGAAUGAAACCAGCAGACCUUGAGAGCUGGCUCCUCGAGCCUGAAGAGUGGUGCAAUGAGGAACUUUCGUCUUCUUACGAAUUUCAGGUUCGUCCUUGCGCCGAGAACUUUUUUCAAGAUGUGAUAAAGUAUUUCAAAGAUGAGCUUUCGGAGUUUAUUUUGACAAAAAUUUCCAGCGAACUAAGCAACAAUGACGUUUUGAUCAAAGAUUCCAUUCUCUGCACAUUCCAGUUGUCGUCGGUCUCGAUAGCAGAUGCGGUUGAUUUUGACCGCUUGUUGGUGGAUGUAUUUAUUCCAGAAGCGUUGAAGAACGAACCGGCGGAAACGAGAAUAUUGAAAAGAAGAGUGUGCUUGAUUAUCAGAGAAUGGGUUCCUGUAAAAUGCUCGCCUCAAGGAAGAGUUGCCGUGUACGAAUUACUCUUGAACCUUUUGGUCCCUGAAAAUCCUGUUAACGAUAAAGUAGUACGUCUCACGGCCAUCCAGACGUUGAGAAUAAUCGUUGAUGAUUGGGACUUUGUCAAGAAGGAUUUCGAACCGUACUUGAACAGCUUUAUAAAAUCGGCAAUUACUCUUUUGAGGGACCUUCUGUUGCCCGAAUCGAAACUUUAUGUCUUGAAGACGAUGUCGGUAUUGGUGGAACGGUGCAAUCCGCACGUAGACAGCAAUACUCUUGUUACAUUGGCCGACAUUGUGCCAGCUUACUGGAACGAAACCUCCAACGACAACGAGUUAAUUCUCAAGAACGCCUUGCUUAGACUUUUGAAAAGUCUUACUAUUGCAUUAAACCAAAAUUCCUACAUCACAUAUAGCUUAAGCUUGCCGCUAAUCAGUGUGUGUUGUGCCGAAAACUCAGAAUUCUACGCAUUGUUAUCCGAAGAUGGAUACGAAUUAUGGCUUGCAUUGAUUCAAUUUUACCCUGAAGCCAGCGAAGAGAAGAAGGAUGAAGUUGUUCAGCUUUUUCCUCUAGUCAAAUAUGGUCUACUCAAUGCCACAGAAAUCAUGCCUGUGAUCAUUUCCAUCAUGCGAGCAUAUGCGUUGUUGGCUCCAGAAGUGUUCAGCUCUGAAGUGGGACUCGAUCUCUUCCGCAUUCUUGGCGGCUACUUGCCCAACUUCCGAGACGACUCGUUUGCCAUAUUUGUCUCGUUGAUGGAUAUUUUACUCAUGAGCAAAAGUACCGACGAGCAGUUUAUGAAUGUGUUGAUGAACAGUGGUCUCUUCAACUCGAUGGUGUCGUUUGUGCUAGACGAGAAACAGAGCAUCCAGUCAAUCAACAAAAUAGUUUUGAAUAUGUCUCGAAUUGCUCUCGGUUCGACAGACGUUUUCUUCAAGCUCAUGGAACAUAUUUCUGUCGAUUUGGUCAAGUUUAUCGAAGUCUGGAUCGGAUACUUCAACAACAACGGCAAUCCUCGUAACAAAAAGUUGAAUCUUUUAGCACUUCUUGCGAUUUUCACCACGGGAGUUUUGCGUCGUGAAGAAUUCUUCAUCCAGCAGUUUCCUCGAAUCACCAAAUUGGCGCUCUAUUUCUUGGAGGAAGUCAACGAAACCGACGACGGCAACUGCGAAGCAUACAACGAGCACACUUACGAAGAUUUGGACCACUACUCCUACUUGGAUCCAGAAAUAAAACCAAACGGUGAAUCAUUGAGGUUCCAUAAACUUGAAGCCGGCGACCCAGCCCACACUCGUAAUUUGAAACAGUGCUUGUUGGAGGUUUUCCGAGGACUCAAGAACAGCUUAAGUGAAUCGGAAUUCCAGCAAUUGAUAUCCAUGAGCGACGAAUACUCCAUGGAACGGUUGCAAACCCUCAUGUAA